AUGUCGUUCGUCAACACCGCUAUCGAGUACGGCUCAGUCCUCAAACAGUGGCCCCCCUUUCUCCGCCCAUUCGUCGCCUACUUCCUCCCAGAGCGCUUGGAGAAGGAGAAACAGUGGGCUGAAGGGCGCGAAAUCGUCGCAAAGUCCAUGGCACGGAAGAGUGCUCUGGGCGGCGCGCCUCUGGAGAACCCUCCGACGAUGCUGGACCACUUGUCUAGUGGGGAUCACGCAGACAAAGCCGGUGACUUGGACCUACAGCUCUUGCUGCAGAUGACUCUCGCUGUGGCGAGUAUCCACACAGCCUCAUCCACCAUGGUCCAAGUUCUGUACGACCUUGCCGCAUACCCCGAGUACACCGAAGAGCUUCGGAAGGAGGUUGUGGAGGUCUUGGAGAGUUCUGGUGGCAUCUUUACCAAACAGUCACUUGGCGAGAUGAAGAAACUCGACAGCUGGAUGAAGGAGAGCCUGAGAAUGAAUGCCCGUGAUCUGAGUAAGUCGCAUUAUCUUACAAAACACAAGACAAAUUCUCACAAGUUGAAAGCUACAUUCCAGCGCAUGGCGACGAAGCCUAUGACCAUGAAGGACGGAACUUAUAUCCCCGCCGGAACAAAAAUGGAAUUACCAACCAGCGCGAUCAACUUUGACGCCUCCAUGUACCCCGACCCGCACAAGUUCGAUUGCAUGCGGUCGUAUCGUCAACGCCAAGAAGAUGAAACGGCACACAAGCACUCAUUCGUCAGUGUCACACGUACGGAGCUUGGUUGGGGUUUCGGCAGGCAUGCGUGUCCGGGCGGAUUCCUUUCCGAUGUCGAAAUCAAGCUCAUGUUUGCGGAGUUUCUCCUGAAUUAUGAGAUUAAGAACAUGGAUGGACAGCCACGGUCCAAGAACGUAGAAUUCGGAGUGAACGUGCUCCCUGAUACGGAAUAUCAGGGUUUGAUUCGGGCACGCAAGGUCUGA